UGAGAGUUGGCAGCUAUGGAUACAAUACCAGCGAUAGUGAACAUUCCAUAAUGUAAAAACGAAUGUAUUGUCAGGGUUUAAAGCUGAACAAUUAUAUGAUAAUAUAGCAAAACAUAUAUAACUAUUUUUGUAUUUAGCUAAUUGUAGCGAUUUAAGAUAAUAUUAUAGUUCAAGCUAAUAAGGAUACAUCGUUUCGGCCAGAUAAAGAUAUAGACGUCAUCAUUGUGGGACAGAGCGUGCAUCAUGAGGAUCUGUCUGUGACCUACAGGGAACAUACGAGAGUAAAGUUGUCUUAUUUGCACAGCCUUGGGACCAGACGGCAGGAGAACCAUGGCUGUAUCGGCACUCUCCCAGGCUUUGCGGUCGCUGUCUCUGUCUCCAGUGUGCAGUGUUGCUCUAGGCGGCUCUCUGGCAGCCCGCUUCCCCACACCGGCUGGGAGGCAGGUGGCGCUGUGCUCCGUGGCCAGCCGUCAUCAUCCCACACUGCUGAGCGCCACACCGAUGCAAUGGCGCGGGUUCCUCACGGGGGUACCCCUGGCACAGAACAACAGAUAUUGGAAACAGAGGACCAAGUACACCAUCCGACCAAUUGGCAUGAGGAAGACUGGAGGCAGAGAUUACACAGGCAGGAUACGCACCCAUGGCAUUGGAGGGGGCCACAAACAGAGGUACCGCAUGAUAGACUUCCAGCGCCUGAACUUCGAGAAGGAAACAGACAAGCCGAGUUUUCAGGAGAAGGUCAUGGAGGUGCGAUAUGACCCCUGUCGAUCUGCAGAUAUUGCCCUGGUGGCAGGGGGCAGCCGCAAACGCUGGAUCAUCGCCACUGAAAACAUGGAGGUCGGUGACAUCAUCACAACCUCUUCCACCAUUGGCCGAAUGGCAGUUUCAGCCAAUGAGGGUGACUCAUAUGCACUGGGGGCUCUACCGGUGGGCACACUGAUCAACAACUUGGAAGUAUACCCUGGGAAAGGUUCCCAGUACAUCCGUGCUGCAGGAACCUGUGGAGUGCUGCUGAGGAAGGUGAACGGAACCGCCAUCGUACAGCUGCCGUCCAAACAACAGGUCCAGGUGUUGGAGACGUGCAUGGUCACUGUGGGCCGGGUGUCCAACAUCAACCACAACAAGCGCAUCAUCGGCAAGGCUGGUCGCAACCGUUGGCUAGGCAAACGGCCAUCCAGCGGGCUGUGGCAGCGGAAGGGAGGGUGGGCGGGGCGCAAGAUUAAGCCCCUCCCUGCCAUGAAGAGCUACAUUAACCUGGCUCCUGUGGGGAGUGCGUCAUAACGGCAGAAUCGCCGAAAACGCUGCAUCGUUGGGAACCCCAGACUGUGGCUCACCUGGACCGGGCCCUGUAUCUGCUGGUCUGGCUGCUGCACUCGAUGGAAAAGCUGCCUGAUCGCUACUCUGUGGCUGGGCUUUCAUUUUUUUUGUAACGAUGUGUUUGAUGGGAAAUGGAAAUGAAGUAUUUAAACCAA